GAGGAAGGAGAGAAGAGUGGCGGCGAUGUCGGCGCGGCGCUGCGAGGUGACGGUGCGCGGCGCCGUGAGCCAGCGGAGCCUUGGCGCCCUGGUCUGGGAGAUCUUCGCUCACGCCCUGUACCAGCGCGGCCAGCUGCCGCUUCCCUACCCGCAGCUGCUGCACUUCCACAGCCACCUGGCAGAGGUGCCCCCCAGGUUAAGGCAAGAAGCACGCAUGCUGACGGCCCUGCACGAGCUGAGCGGCCACCUGGAGACGCUCUUCUCCCUGUCGCACGUGCCCCGGGUCCUCAUCCUGCUAGGGCCGAGCCCCAUGUCGCCGCUUGAGCUCUACGAGCUGGACUUCCACGAGCUGGCGCUGGGAGGCAGCGGCGAUUCACUGUGCCACGCUCGCUACAGCCGCCACGUGUUUCACUCACUCUUCGUGCAGAAUGUGUUUGGCGAGCCGCGCGCUCUGCCUGUCACCUCGGCCACACUGCUGCUGUGGGCGCACAGGGACUGCGGCGUCGACUGGUUCAAUCCCAAGCUCAACUACAAGCUGCCCAACCGCGGGAGGAGGGUCGUCGUCGCGUUUAGCAACAGCCUGGAGGAGCCGCUGGGCACGGCCCUCGGCCAGCCAUGCGAGAACGACUGCGUGUGGUUCCAGGCCCCUGUGGCCAUCAAGGGCGUCCUGGACAGUGGGUCAGGCCAGGGUUAGAGGGGCUGAUGGAUGGGACCAGCUAGGCCAAAAUUCUAGGGAUACUGCAAAUUUUAAUAUUACUUAUUUCAAUAUUAUAUCUGAAUCUCCUUCCUUAUGGUCAAUCAAGGCCAACUAUUAAAGAUUCUGCCGUAAACGUAUUCAUCCAUUAAAUUGCCUAGUCUCACGUUUAUAUUUGGGGCAGU